AUGGCGGCUUCGGCGGCGGCGGCCUCGGCGGCGGCGGCGGCCGCCUCCGGCAGCCCGAGCCCGGGUGAGGGCUCGGCGGGCGCCGAGAAGCGCGCCGCCGCCUCCUCGGCCGCGGGCUCCGCAUCGGCCUCGGCGGCGGCGUCCGCCUCAGCGUCGUCACCCGCGGGGGGCGGCGGCGAGGCGCUGGAGCUAUUGGAGCACUGCGGCGUGUGUCGGGAGCGCCUGCGGCCGGAGAGGGAACCGCGCCUGCUACCUUGCCUGCACUCGGCCUGCAGCGCCUGCCUCGGGCCCCCGGCGCCUGCAGCCGCCAACAGCUCGGGGGAUGGAGGUGCAGCGGGCGACGGUUCUGUGGUGGACUGUCCAGUAUGUAAGCAGCAAUGUUUCUCCAAAGAUAUCGUGGAGAAUUAUUUCAUGCGAGACUGUGGCGGUAAGGCCGCCACGGAUUCCCAGGAUGCGAAUCAGUGCUGCACUAGCUGUGAGGAUAAUGCCCCAGCCACCAGUUAUUGUGUGGAGUGCUCUGAGCCGCUCUGUGAGACCUGUGUGGAGGCGCACCAGCGGGUGAAGUACACCAAGGACCACACCGUGCGCUCCACUGGGCCAGCCAAGUCGAGGGACGGUGAGCGCACUGUGUAUUGCAAUGUGCACAAGCACGAGCCCCUUGUGCUGUUCUGCGAGAGCUGCGACACCCUCACCUGCCGGGAUUGCCAGCUCAACGCCCACAAAGACCACCAGUACCAGUUCCUGGAGGAUGCAGUAAGAAACCAGCGCAAGCUCCUGGCCUCAUUGGUGAAGCGCCUUGGGGACAAGCAUGCAACACUGCAGAAGAACACCAAGGAGGUUCGCAGCUCGAUCCGCCAGGUGUCUGACGUACAGAAGCGCGUGCAAGUGGAUGUUAAGAUGGCCAUCCUGCAGAUCAUGAAGGAACUGAACAAGCGGGGCCGCGUACUGGUCAACGAUGCCCAGAAGGUAACUGAGGGGCAGCAGGAGCGCCUGGAACGGCAGCACUGGACCAUGACCAAGAUCCAGAAGCACCAGGAACACAUCUUGCGCUUUGCCUCGUGGGCUCUGGAGAGUGACAACAACACGGCUUUGUUGCUCUCCAAGAAGCUGAUCUACUUCCAGCUGCACCGGGCCCUUAAGAUGAUUGUGGACCCCGUGGAGCCCCAUGGCGAGAUGAAAUUUCAGUGGGACCUCAACGCCUGGACCAAGAGUGCAGAGGCCUUUGGCAAGAUUGUGGCCGAGCGUCCUGGCACCAACUCCACAGGCCCGGCACCCAUGGCCCCUCCUCGGGCUCCGGGGCCUUUGAGCAAGCAGGGCUCUGGCAGCAGCCAGCCUAUGGAGGUGCAGGAAGGCUACGGCUUCGGAUCAGAUGACCCUUACUCGAGUGCUGAGCCCCAUGUGUCGGGGGUGAAGCGGCCCCGCUCAGGUGACGGCGAGGUGAGUGGCCUCAUGCGUAAGGUGCCACGGGUGAGCCUCGAACGCCUGGACUUGGAUCUCACGGCUGACAGCCAGCCACCAGUCUUCAAGGUCUUCCCAGGCAGCACCACUGAAGAUUACAACCUCAUCGUCAUUGAGCGAGGUGCUGCCGCCGCCGCUGCUGGCCAGCCUGGGACUGCGCCCUCGGGGGUCCCUGGGGCCCCUCCCAUGCCUGGAAUGGCCAUUGUCAAGGAGGAAGAAACAGAGGCUGCCAUUGGAGCUCCACCUGCUGCCACCGAGGGCCCAGAGACCAAGCCUGUGUUGAUGGCCUUGGGGGAGGGCCCUAGUGCAGAGGGUCCCCGCCUGGCUUCACCCAGUGGCAGCACCAGCUCAGGUCUGGAGGUGGUGGCUCCAGAGGGCACCUCAGCCCCAGCUGGUGGCCCAGGUUCCCUGGAUGACAGUGCCACCAUCUGCCGUGUCUGCCAGAAGCCAGGUGACCUGGUCAUGUGCAACCAGUGCGAGUUCUGCUUCCACCUGGAUUGCCACCUGCCUGCCCUGCAGGAUGUGCCAGGGGAGGAGUGGAGCUGCUCUCUCUGCCAUGUGCUGCCCGACUUGAAGGAGGAGGAUGGCAGCCUGAACCUGGAUGGGGGGGAUAGUACUGGAGUGGUGGCCAAGCUCUCACCAGCCAACCAGCAGAAGUGUGAGCGCGUUCUGCUGGCCCUCUUUUGCCAUGAGCCCUGCCGGCCUCUGCACCAGCUGGCUACUGACUCCACCUUCUCCCUGGAUCAGCCUGGGGGCACCCUGGACUUGACCCUUAUCCGAGCCCGCCUCCAGGAGAAGCUGUCACCCCCCUAUAGCUCCCCCCAGGAGUUUGCCCAGGAUGUGGGCCGCAUGUUCAAGCAGUUCAACAAGCUGACUGAGGACAAGGCCGACGUGCAGUCCAUCAUUGGCCUGCAGCGCUUCUUUGAGACUCGCAUGAAUGAGGCCUUCGGGGACACCAAGUUCUCUGCUGUGCUGGUGGAGCCCCCGCCGCUGAGCCUGCCUGGUGCUGGCCUGAGUGCCCAGGACCUGUCCAGUGGCCCUGGUGAGGGCCCCUGA